AACAUUCUAAUAUUAUCAAUAGUUUAGUGAAUAACAUUCCGUUAAAAAAUUAUUUAAUCAUACUGCAUAAAAUUCUUUGAUACAUUUUUACGGUGAUUAAUCUCAAUGAAAUUUUUUAACGCGUUAUAUAUACACCUACAUAUUUUAUAAUACAUCAAUAUAUUGCAAUACACUCGUCUAUAACUUCAAACUAAAACUCUCGAAUCAAUGAUCUUUAUUACAUUCACAUUUCAUGACUGACACUGACUAAUAUCAAAAUGAUUAAAAAGAUGUUAACCAAAAAUUGGUUUUGUUUACUAAUAAUAAAAAAAAGUUAAAUAAACUAAAUUUUGCAAUAAAAGAUAAAUUGUUAGCUCUUGAAUUUUUAUCGAACAUUUGUUUAAUAAAAACUCAAAUACGUUUAAAAAUAGAAUCAUUACUAUGAACUACUUACUUACGUUGUUCGUAGUUCCAGCUCAUUGCUUUAUUAUAGUUAAAGCAUAAUUACUUGCAUAAAUCUUCGAAAUAAAAACAAACGUCGAUACGUGAUCGUAAAGAGAAAGAAUAAUAGAUAAGAUCUGUAAAUUUGAAAUGAAACGACAUUAAACUUUGUAUCAUCUUAGAAAGUCUAUGUAUAGGUAUUUCUCUUUGUAUACGUAGAAACGAUCUUAAGCACCAAACGAUAAAACCUUGAGAGUCUUGAGGAGUCUGGCCAGUGCCUUCCCAGACGUGGAUCCGUAAACUACGUGAAAUCGGUGUCUUUGACGCGUUCUGUGCGUCAUCAGUUAAUUCAAUUUCGAUAGACCGGACGUAUUUCUCAUAAAAUACAUAUUUGAAUAUAACGUGAGAAAUGGUUACGAUUGUGAAAAAAAGUGCGAAUUAUUACACUCACUUCUUAUAUUUCUUUUUUACUAUCGAUCAAAUUUAUCAGAAACAUACCAGAAAAGUCAUUUGAAAACGAAAUUCUUAACCCAACACGUGUGGUGUUACAUUAGAUCUCUGUUUUUUUUUUCUUUUUCGAAAGACGAAUUGAAUCGGUAGAACUGUUCCCUCGAUCCUAUCGAUUGAUCUUCAUGCCGAAUUCUUACUCAUAGUGAAAGCAAACAUUCUGAUAAAAAAAGAAAAGAAAAAAAAAGAAAGAAGAAAAGAGAAAAGAAAAAAAGCACGAAAUCUGAAGGCACGUGAAUAACGUUCUCUGAAUUUGAUGUUCUUAGAAGAUUGCCCACGCCGAAUCUUUCGAGGGAGGAUGAAGUCAUUAAUUUGCACUUUAUAAACGUACUUUCCAACGUCGAACGAGUCAGAUAAUGUCAAGAAUUCGAAUGUAUCCGAUUGGUGAGCUUGUCCGCGUGCAUCGAAACGUUCGAAAAAGUGUGUGUUAAAUUAUUGUCGAAGAAACAGAAAGAUAUACUCGAACGGACAAUUCUAGCUUGUCUAUUGAAGUGCCGUAAUCGUUAUAGUCAAGGAUAAUUCAAUAGAAAAUACGCUUGUCCAUUUGGAAAUCUAGUAUAACUGGUAUAUAUGAUAGUAUUACUGAUAACCAACCGAAGAAAAUAUCAAGGUGAUACGAAAGAUACCCAAGAAUAAAAAAAAGAAUCGACAGAACAAACACAGAAGGUGUGUAACUGUGCACCUUGAUUGUUGAUUGUAAUAAAAAAAAAAAAAAAAACAAAAGGAAAAGAAAAAGAAACCGAUUAAACAAUAUGUCAAUCAUUCAUAAACGACAAAUGGUCUUCGCUUUUCGACGUUGUACGCACGAAACUCAUAAGAUUUCUUAAGACCGAUCGUUCGAAAGGCGAACGAUUUUUUUUUCGGUGUGUUUCUUCAUUAGACAAAGAAAACAAUUCGACAUGCAUCGAGUUAACAUUUUGACAAGAAACUUGUGCAGUAUUAUGCACAACUUAUCAUCUUCGUUGUCAUUCUUCGUUUUAAAUCUCGUUCUAAUAUCGAGACUGAUUACCGUCGACAGUAUAAUGCCUGUCAUUCAUUCUAUACCAUUGCAAAAUGAUACGUUUAUUCCUGGAGAAUAUAAAAAUCUACCAUUGGUAGGAAAAUGUUGUCCGACGGAUCAAACAUUGAUUUUAAAUAAAGAUCAAAGUUCAAAAUGCAUUCCAUCGAAUACAUCGGAAUUAAUAUUCUCACCACCUUUUUGUGAAUAUAACUCGUCUGGUAUUUGGGUAUCAGGUGACGAACGCGAACGUUUCGUUGCAUUCGUUGGCGAUCCUUGUCACUAUAAAAGAUACUUGCUAUUAUCAGAAAACAAGGACGAAAUCGAGCAUUAUCUUUUACUUAACGGUUCAAUUUAUUUACGUGACUCUAUUCCUCGAAUGAUGAUGCCUGGCGUAGAUUAUUGCAUGGAAAUCAUUCCAACGUUAGGUCUGGUAACAGUGGUGUGCUUUUCGAAAGACGAUAAAAUAUUGAUGGCAGAUACUCGGAUAAUAUUUUAUGCCUCUGGACUUUUAAUAUCCGUACCAUUUUUAAUACUCACCAUAAUAGCCUUUUCAAUAACUCCCAGGUUGAGAGACGUAUAUGGAAAAAUACUUUGUCAUUACUGCGGAUGUCUUGCUGUAGCCUUCACUGGUUUAGCCAUUACGCAACUUGGUGGUGUACAUUGGGAAGGUCAUACAUGUAUAUGCAUAGCCUUCGUCAUCCAAUUCUCGUUCAUCGCAUGUUAUUUCUGGUUGAACGCAAUGUGCAUCGAGACAUGGUUAUUGAUACGAAAUCACGUUCAUCAUGGUGCCUACCAAAGAAUAAAACCUAAUGUACUCUUUUUUUAUUACUCGAUAUGGGCUUGGGGAUUUUCAGGUAUUUUUAUUCUUUUAUCUAUAGUAAUGGAUCUCAACCCGACGAUACCAACGAUAUACAUAAAGCCAAACUUCUUUAGCGACAGCGAUAGCUGUUGGUUUAAAUCGGACACCAAGACGAUGCCAUUCUUUUUUAUACCAGUUGGUUUACUCUUACUAGUCAAUUUAAUAUUUUUUAUCUUAACGGGAAUAACUAUAAGACGAUACCAAAAAGAUCUCGCACUUAGACGAUUAGCUAGAAAUCAAGAAUCCGAUCGGCAAGACCAAAGGAUGUUUCGUAGUUUGAAAAGAACAUUUAUAGUCUGCAUAGUAUUAUAUUCAUUGAUGAGUUUAACUUGGACCAUGGAAUUGAUAUCCUGGUGGACCGGUGGUAAUCCUUUCGAUUGGUCAGUCUACGAUCUGGUAAAUGCUUUACAAGGUCUUCUUGUUUUCGGUCUCUUCGUACUUCGUAGACCAGCUAGAGACUUUAUCUGGUGUAGAAUACAAAAGCUUCGUGGUAUCGAUGUCGUUGAACCACAAACUGAUACCGCUGCUUUUAGUCUUCUUACGGUUAUAAAUUAAAAAAAAAAGAAAAAAGAAAAAAGAAAAUUACCAACUCUCAUAAACAAGUGAUAAUAUGAUCUUUGUAAAGACUAUUUGGUAUUAUGUAAUUGACAAUUGUAUUUGUGUCUCGUGCAUCUAAGUUUUAUAUUAAAACGAUUAAAUAUAAUAUAUAUUUAUACGUCAAAUUCAAUUCGACAACGAACUGAUAAAACAAAGAUUAGAAUUAAUAUAAUUAUAUAACGAAUUUAAAUCGAUUAUUAUUAUAUAAAAAGGAAUGUUCUUUUAUGUUAAACUUUAAUACAUACACCUAUUUUCUCGAUCUGUUAGAAAAUUUUACGAUUAUUAAAUUUGUACGUAAUUUUUAAAAAAAAGAUUCAGACAUAGGAGAGUACUUAAAAAAAAUUCUAAAGAAAUUAUGCAACAAUCUAAUAACAACAUGUUUUCUCACCAUGCUCAGUUAUAUUGGUGUAUAACUUAGUGUUAUCUAUAUAUCCGUACAUUUGUUAUCUAACCAUUAGAAGAAGUAUGUCAUUAAUUCUAACAUUUUCAUUAUUAGAUGAUCUCUCUUUUCGUUAUUAAAUGAUCGUUUUAUCGAUUGAAUUGUAAACAGACCUUGGAGAAAUCAUGUAAAUUGCAUCGUCGUAUACUUAUUAUCGUUACUUCAUUACAAUAUAUUAUACACUAUUUUAAUGUUAUUCAAUGUCUGUUUGACAACCAUUAUUAUUUAUUUAUAUCGUGUAAUUGUAUUUAAAUACAACCGAGCGUGUAAAUAUUUUAAUGAUAAUAUUUUUCUUAAUAAAAAUAUUUAUACGAAUUAUAGUAAUAUUUUAUGUCUCCAAUUAAUGAGUAAGGUUUACUCGACAAUGAAAUACACUGAUAAAAAAUAUUGUUACAUUUUAUUUUCAUCGCUAUACAUAUACAUACAUAUAUACAUAUAUAUACAUAUAUGAUAUAUAUAUGUAAUAUAUAACAUAUGUAUGUAUAUCAUUGUAUAUGUUUAUUAUUUUAUAUUCAUACACAUUGCUUCGUAAUCUUGAACUGGUAUAUAGUUUUAAAAUAGUAAGUCAUAACAUUGACUUACAUAUCCAGUCAAUAAGCCUCGUUAUUUAAUAACGAACAAUCUAAAAUUCCUCAAAAGAGUGCACGCAUACAUAUAUGAUUUGAACAAUUGAUUACAUUUAUAAAAUGCGUCAAUCCUCUCUAAUAAGCUCUUCGAGAUAUAAGGUAAUUAAGUGCGAGUGCAUCCGAGCAAUAAACUCAGAAGCAUUAACCAGGUACCAAAAAUAACGUAAAAAUAUUAUAAACAAAAUUGUCUAACAUCUAAUAAUAUAGUAAUUAUAUACUAUAUAAUAUUAUGCUACUUUUUUCCCCAUUAAAUUUCAACACGAAUAUUAUACAUUAUGUUUCUUUGUUCGAUGGAAUUAUCACAAUAGCAGGAAAUAAGUAUUCAAUCAACCUUUUAUGGUCAAGGCAUUUAAAAGCGACAUUUAAACGAUACAAUAUACUAUCCCUAUUUUGCAUAUUAUUUCCUAAUAAAAAAUAAUUGUUCUUGUGAUUAUAUGUCAAAUGAGAUCAGAUCAAUUGUUUCUGCAUUUAAAAACUAUUCAAUCUGUGCUGAAAGUUCCAUUAAAAUAUAUAGUUAAGCGAUUAGCAAAUUUUCAUAUCAUAAAAGAAAGUUUGUUAUACAUUCGUAAUCAUACAAUUUUUAACGUAACUAAUACGUCCAAAAUAAAAAAAUUUUUCAUACUUAUUUUUUUUUUUUUUUUCUUUUCUUUUUACAAUCCUAAUUGUCAUUAUUUUCUUUAUAUCCUUCUAUAUUACUAAAAAAAAAGAA